AUGAGUGCAGACCUCCGCAAACUGCUUUUUGAAGUUUCUGAGGCAUUGGUCACAGAUGAACUGGCAGCUCUGAAGUUCCUCAGCSUGGAGCAUGUCCCGAGGAGGAAGCUGGAAGCCAUCCAGGACCCCAAGGCUUUCUUCGAAGUGCUGCAGGAGAAAGACAUGAUYGGGGUGGGGAACCUGUCCUUCCUGAAGGAGCUGCUCUACUGCAUCGAUAGGAUGGACCUCCUGAGUGCCCAGCUGGGCUCCAGCCGGGAGCAGAUGGACAGGGAGCUGCAGCUCCCGGGCAGGGCACAGGUGUCAGCUUACAGGCAAUUGCUAUAUAGACUUGCAGAAGACUUGGCUCCAGAAGAUGUCAGAAAUAUGAAAUUCCUGCUCCAAAUGCGAUUACCGAAGACCAAGCUCCAGGAAAAUGCUUCAAUGCUGCAGGUCUUUCUGGAAAUGGAAAUAAAUGGGAUAAUUAAAGAAGAUAACCUGACAAUGCUGAAAGAUMUAUUACAGCGAUUUAGACCUGACUUAAAGAAAAAAAUUGAUGCCUAUGAAGAAAAAAAAAGAGAAAAUUAUUCUAGGGAAGAAGUCCGUUAUUCUGUGCCUGCAUCUGUGCAUCCAGAGGAACAAAGAGGAGAGCAGGGGGCAGCACACCGGGACAGGGAAAUAUAUAAGAUGAAAAAUAACCCUCAUGGUUACUGUUUGAUUCUUAACAACCACAUUUUUAAAAAUCCACAUUACAAUAGAGAGGGAACAUUGCAAGAUGGAGAGGCUUUGAAGAAAGUCUUUAACUGGCUUCAGUUUGAGACAGUUGAGUACAUGAAUCUAGAAGGAAAAAAAAUACGAGAAAAAGUUAAAGAAUACAGCAAAAAAGAUCACAGAAAUAUGGACUGUUUUGUUUGCUUCAUUUUGUCCCAUGGUGAAAAAGACAAAAUAAAAGGUGUUGAUGACGAGUGUGUAAAUAUCGAAGAAUUAACCUCCUGUUUCACUGGAACUAAUUGUCCUUCUCUGGCUGGCAAACCCAAGGUGUUUAUCAUCCAGGCUUGCCAAGGCAUGUCACGCCAUCGAUCUGUGACAGUGGAAGCAGACUCCACUGAACAUCUUGAGGAGGAUGCUACUCCUUCCAUUUCCAUUCCUGACAAGGCUGAYUUUCUGAUUGGCAUGGCUACAGUGGAGGACUGCCAGGCCUUCCGCAAUCCUAGGAGUGGCAGUGUUUACAUUCAAUCCCUCUGUAAGAAGAUGGAGUUGCUUUGCCCAUGCCGCGUGGAUUUUAUCACCAUCCUGACAAAAGUGAACCAGGAACUGGCAGAACAAGAAUUUGGAGGAUCUAAGCAGAUGCCAAAGAUAACAUCAACACUACUGAUGAAACUGAUCUUUGAAGUUCCACAAUGCAAAAUGGAAAAGUAAGAAUACACUCAGGAAUGACAUCUGGAGUGGGCUUCGACGGGGAAGAGAAUUUACAUGRGAAAUUAUCUGAAUCUAUGUAGUUAGCUACAAUCCUUUAAGGAGCCACGAGACCUAAAUAUUCCAACUUCCAUACUGAAUCAGUUUUCCAGCAAAUGGAUCUGUAGCAGUUGGGUAUGGCUGUGGAAAACCACAGAACUGGCUUUUUAUCCUGCAGAAGCAGGGGAGUAUGUUCAGUCUGUAUCUCAAGUGAGAAAGCACUUCCAAGUACUGUUGUAAGAGUUAUUGGAAAUGUCAGUGAAGUCCCAUUGGUGUCUGAGUUGUUUCAAGUGCCUGAAAUUUAAAAAAAAAAAAAAACAGAUUCAGAAUGCUGGAUCAAUGUCCAGGCAGCAUGUGUAAGGUUGUAACUGCCUUACCUGGAGGUGAAUCAUUGUCUGUCUUCUUUGGAAGCUAUMAUUGUUCAAGGAAAAGAACAUCCUGCUCCAGAAGAACCAAAUCCCCAUCAUUAUGUUAGUUUGGUUGUUYUCCUCCAAAGGUUUGGUUUGGUUUAUGAUAAUAAUUUACUUGAAUAAGCAGCCCUGCUAUAUAGGAUUUUCAACAGUAAGGAUUCUCAUUUUGUUUUUUCUCAGAGCUCUUAGGGCACAGUGUGUCAUGAAUGGUUGUAAAAUACUUGAAAGAAAUUCUGUAAUCUUGUUUCUGUUAAAAUAAAAWUUUUCUUUAUAUCACCUUGAUUUGCCAUG